CCGCUUCUGUCUGUGGCAAGGAAUUUCAUUUUCAGGCCGGGUAGGUUGCCCACCAACAACAUAAGUAAACGGGAAAAUAGAAUAAGAAUAGGCAGCACAAUCGCCAGCCAUCCUUUGAAGCAACGUAAUCUUUCGGAAAUAAAUCGCCAUUAUUGAUCACAAUAAAUAAUAACAAGUAAAAUCGUAAAAGAAGGCACAGCAAGAGGCGCAUAGAAACAUUUCCAUACUCGAUGACAUUACAUCGCAAUGUCCGAUCGUUUGGGGCAAAUAACCAAGUCCAAGGAUGGGAAAAGCAAGUAUUCCUCACUCAGCCUAUUUGAUAAGUACAAGGGAAAGUCUAUAGAAACUCAGAAAACUGCAGCAGUUCCACGACAUGGCUUACAGAGUCUUGGCAAAGUGGCCGCAGCCCGGCGCAUGCCCCCACCCGCUCACCUGCCGAGCCUGAAGUCCGAGAACAAAGGAAACGACCCCAACGUGAUUAUCGUGCCCAAAGACGGAACAGGAUGGGCAAACAAGCAGGAACAACCCGAUCAAAAGAGUUCCAUUGCAUCAACACAACAGCUGCCGGAGUUGCAGCCGCAGCUGGCUUUACAGAAAUCUGUCUCCAAUCUCCAGAAGACCACACCGGUAGCCAGUCAAGAGAGCACAAACACAAGUGGACCAAAGCAAUGGGCCCAUCUAAAUGGAAAGGCCGUAGAACUAGAUGGUUUAAGGGCCUCAAACCGACUGCAGCCCUUCUCUCACGAGGAAUUUCCAACGCUGAAGGCUGCUGGGGAACAGGACAAGGCUGGCAAGGAAAGAAGCACCUUCGAUCCGUCGUAUGGGCCCGGACCAAGCCUCCGCCCCCAGAAUGUGACAAGUUGGAGGGAGGGUGGUGGGAGGAACCUUGUGCCCUCAUCCCUGCCGGCCUGCCUGCCUUCAGAGACCGAGGGCAAGGCCAGCGGCGGGGCUGAAACUGGGAGCUCCCCCCCUCCUCUUCCCCCCUCUGCCUCCUCUAUUCUCUCUGCCCCCAUGGUCAGUCCCACCACUGCCACCAUUGUCAGCGCCCCUCCAGCCCCGGAGCCCAAGGAGAUCUCUCUGCGCCCCGCCCAGCCACUCCGCAGGCCCGCCCCCCCUGCCCUGAGCCAUCACCACCCUACCACCACCACCUACCACGACAUGCUGCCUGCCUUUAUGUGCCCCAAAGAGACUUGUGAAGCUCCCGGCACUGCUGAACACACUGGCCCUGUCACUGUGGUCGCCCCAGUCCGCUUUGACAACAGGCCCACCUUCAGGCAGCCCUACCCCAAUAACAACCAAGAGCCUGUCAAUGGCGAGGUGGGAAGAGGAGAAAACCGCUUCAUCCGCGGGCCCCUGCGCAACCCCUCCUCCCGACCCAUCCGUCGACCUGGCGACAGACCCCCUCGUCCGGCAAUCAUCAACCCAGAUGACCUGAAGGAUCUGGAUGAGCUAGACAACGACUGUGAAGAUGGCUGGGCAGGUAUCCAUGAAGAAGUCGAUUACGGCGAGAAACUCAAGUUCAGUGAUGAUGAGGAGGAGCAUGCCGCUGGUGAAAAGAACAAGAUGUGGGCUGAAUGGGAGAACCAACGUCGUGAGCGCCAGUUAUCCCUGAGCUCAGGAGAGGGGCCAUACCCCCAGGAGGGCCCUGAGGAGGAGGCUUACCUUGCCUACCAGGAGCAGAUGGCCCACAGGAACACCAAUGGCAGGUUCCCCUCUGGAGAAGCACAGGCACAGCAGAAGAGCUCCGGGCUGGGCAUGGCCCAACAGGGUGAGCCCCUGGAAGACCAGGAGGAGCGCCAGGUCCCAGCCCGGGGCAAGUUUGUUUCCCCUGAGCUCUCAGAGGCUGUGGAGAGAGCACGCCGACGUAGGGAGGAGGAGGAGAGGCGUGCCCGCGAGGAAAGACUGGCCGCAUGUGCCGAGAAGCUCAAGAGGCUAGAUGAGAAGUUUGGGAAGAUGGAGAGGCAGUUGUCGAGGUCUGAGGAGGAAGCAAAGGACGGGGAGAGCAAGGAGGCAGCACUGUCCCCUGGAAGAGAGAGCAAAAACCACCCAGAGAGCUGGCAGUACGGCACCAAAGACGCUGAGUGUCUCUUGGAGCACUCCCCCAGACAGCAGGACUACAGGGACAAGGCCACCUCGGGCUUCGCCUCCUACCGCAGCGAGGACGAUGCCGGGGCCGAAUCCAACUCUCCCCUACCGCCCCGCUUCCAAAAGCAGCAGCAGGAGCAAGUGUAUAAGAUGCAGCACUGGCAGCAGCAGUCUGGCCACCCCGCCCCCUCCGGCUCCAGCCACCCCCAGAGGGGCUACUACCCCCCACACGUGCUGGGCUUUGACCCCCGCUGGAUGAUGAUGCCCCCCUUCAUGGACCCCCGCAUGGCCCAGGGCCGCUCCCCUGUGGACUACUACCCUAACGCUGUCCACUCUUCAGGAAUGAUGAAACCGCUGAUGCAGCCAGACCACCUGAACAGCCCAGGGUCCACCUCUGACGAGGGCUGCCACCCCAGCAUGCAUCACGAGAGGAGGGCCCCCUCCACCGAGCCCUACCCCGUUUGGAACCAAGAUGGCUACCCCCCUCGCAGUUUCACCCCACCCUACCAGAGACAGCACGAGAGCUCAGACAGGAGCCAGCCAGACGACCGGAUUGACAGGACCUGCUCCCAGCAGGACUUGUAUGAAGAGAGGGGAAACGAGUGCCUAGACAACCCCUCUCACGACCUCUCCCAUCCGGCCUACCACCAGAGCAGAGGCACCGACAGGGACCACCAGUCGCACAACCAAGGCCUGCUCUCCACAGCCCUGAGCCGGCCCCAGCAGCAGAACACAGACGGCGACUACCCCAAACAGGAGCCCAAAGACGGGCACCUGAAGGACAGCACUGACCACCACGACGAUGUCUUCGACACCGCCAAGGAAAAGGGCUUUGACUCAGACUUCUGGAGGCGAGAUGGAGGCCAGAAGAAGGAAGGUGGUGUUGGUGUUCAGAACCAGUGGUUUGAUCCUGGCUCCACCACCUCCGCCAGCAGUGUAAGCCAGGCAUCUGAGACCAGUGGUAGGACCCUGACCCGCAGGACCGGCCCCAUUAAGAAGCCUGUGCUCAAGGCCCUCAAAGUGGAAGACAAGGAGAACGAGAAGCCCAAAGUGGAGCCCGGGGAGAAGGUAGUCCCUUACCGCCUGGAGAAAGAAGUGCUCACCAAUGUAUAUGACCUGAAGAAAGACAACCAGCCCCUAGUAAGUAACAGACGCUCCGCCUCACCUGCUAUCGAGAAGCAGCCAGAAGGGAAGCAACACCAACCACCAGCCCCUGCUAAAGUAGAGCAGCCAUCCAGUCCCCACAGUGAGGAUUUACCCAAGGAGAGCAGCUGGGACAGUGGGAAGAGCCAGUCCUCUAGAGACGACCAGGAGAGCAGGGAGCCUGCCGCACCACGACGCAACAACUGGAUCUUCGUCGAUGAGGAGCAGGCCUUUGCCGGAGCCAGGGGAACGGGUAGAGGUCGAAGCCGUGGCGGCUUCAGGGAGUUCAGCUCCAGAGGAGACCGGGGAGGCCGAGGCGGAGAGAACCCCAGAGGAAGCUACAACAACAAUAACAGCAGGGACGCCGUUGGAGCCCAGAGACCAGGCAGAGGCAGAGGACUGCCCAGGGACUUUGUCAAGGUGGAAGACCUGCAGAGGGGGAAGCCAAGGAGGCGCAACGUCAGCGAGACUCUGAGCGAGACCUCAGAGUACGAGGAGCUGCCCAAGCGGCGGCGCCAGAAGGGCUCUGAAAACGGAGAGGGUGUCAGCUACCCAGAGCAGGGAGAGACCAGGAAGGCUGACCGAGACUCGUGGAGGUCGAACAAGGUGUACACUGAAGACCAGGCGGCUAGCGACGCCCGAGACGACAAAGCCAAGGCCAGCAGCAGGGGGUUCGGCGGCCGCUCUCUGCCUCCCAGACUCGACACUGGCAGGGGCUACAACACCGGCCGGGGGUUCAACAACAGCUCCAGAGACACCUCCACCUGGAGGGGCCGGGGGACACAGUUCGGCAGCGGCGGUGGGCCAAUGCAGGAGAACGGCUAUGGCCCGGGCACCGAAACCUUCUCCAGAAGACCACCACCUGCAGAGCGCGAGCCCCUCAAAUACACCCCCAAGUUUACCGGCUCUACCGGUUCCUUCAUGGAGAAUGGCACAGAGGACCGUGGCUUGGAGGGAGAGUACUACAUAGACAACGACAACCCUGGACAACAGCAGUUAAGAAGACGGCGGCCGCCACGCCAGGACAAGCCCCCGCGCUUCCGCCGACUACGUCAAGAGAGGGAGCCUGGCAGCGGCCAGUGGACCAGUGACGAGUAUAUCAACGGAUCGGACGGAUUCGCCAACCCCUGGCCAGGCCGCUCCAAGGAGGGAAGUAGAGAAGACGGCUGGCCCAGUGGCCACUACUCCGGAGGGGGAGGAAGGUCCAGUGGUCAGCAUGGCCAGGCUGAGGACUGGGAGACUGGCUCGGAGAACAGCGACUUCAACGACUGGAGGGAGAAGCGAGGUGGAGGGCAGCAAGCCCACGGUGGAGAUGUGCACUCAGACUCUGGCCACGGGGAGCUUGGCUCUGUGGAGAAGAGGGAGCUGGCCAAGAGAAGCUUCUCCAGCCAGCGCCCCCUGAUGGACCGGCAGAACAGGAAGGGAGAGCCGGCUCUACUGGAAGGGAACAAGAUGACACGUUCCUCAGAGAACCCCAACGCACUGCCCUCCUGCAACAGGAACGACGGCUGGCAGAACGGAGGGGCCUCCAACCAUAGGAGGAACAAAGAGGAUUCAGGCCUAGUCUACUGUGUCGAGCAGUCUGAGGAGGGCCACCAGUCCAACGAACACUCAGGGAAGAAGCUGGACAAGGAGCUGAAGACUCGGUCUGUAAAGGGAGACCUGGCCGAGCCAUUGUCUCAGUACGACCUCACCAGCUACCACAUUGAGGGGGAUGCUGGGGGUUCCAGUCCAGAUGGGUUCCAGGACCUGUCCAAGAAACAGCAGCGUCAUCUUCCACAGGAAGACGACAGGAGGAGGAAGGAACAUGGAGCUCCGGUGCCGGUGAAGAACAGACCGAUCACCUCCAAGAUGCCCCCACGGUUUGCCAAGAAGCAGGGUGGCAUGACCAUGGAUCAGCCAGAGGAGGGCCUCUCUGCCAACAACCUGGGCACUGAGAUCUGGGAGACCAACAGCUCCGCUCUGUCAGUCCAGUCAUCUGGAGGAGACUCGUGGACCAAGCAGGUGUCUUAUACAGGCAGCGAGCCCAACUCUGAGGACUCUGACGCGGGGCCUGAGCAGAGCAAGGAGCAGCACAAGCCCGGCCCCAUCGGCAACGAGCGCUCGCUCAAGCACCGCAAGGGCUCGGAGGGUCUGGAGGGCGGGCCCAUUACGCCCGUCAACGGCGUGAACCUCCACGUGGACACAGUGCUGCCUGUGCCGCCCAUAGAGUUUGGCGUUAGCGCCAAGGACUCUGACUUCAGCCUACCGCCCAGGUCCACCCCAGUGCCUGUGUCCAACCCCGUCACCAAGCUACAGGUCACCCUUGCCAGCAACCCGGCCUUGACCCAGGCCAUCCCCAUGCUGCGUAGAGACCACCUGCAGCCUGGCAUCAACCUCAACCCCAUCUCUUUCCCCAGCGCUGACCUCACACUCAAGAUGGAGUCAGCCCGUAAGGCGUGGGAGAACUCCCAGUCUCUCCCUGAGCAGGGCUCUCCUGGUGGGGUUGCCGCUGGUGCCCAGCCCCCCUGCACUGUAGGCUCCUCCAGUGGGGUCAGCUACAGCUCCUUUGGAGGGGUGCCCAUGCCCGUGGCCUCUGUGGCGCCUUCCAUGUCCAUGCAGGGUAACCAUAUACCCCCGCUGUAUCUGGACGGCCAUGUUUUUCCCAGCCAGCCUCGUCUGGUGCCCCCAACCAUGACCCAGCAGCAGAGCUACCAACAGGCAGCUGCCCAGCAGAUCCCCAUCUCCCUGCACACCUCUCUGCAGGCCCAGGCCCAGCUUGGUCUCCGGGGGGGCCUGCCCGUCUCGCAGUCCCAGGAGAUGUUCAACUCCAUUCCCUCCUUCAGGUCCCAGGUAUACAUGCACCCCAAUCUGUCCCAGCCCAGCCCCAUGGUGCUGUCAGGUGGUGGCCCCCUCAAGGGGCCCUACUCGGCCUUCCCGGGCAUGCAGCCGUCGGAUAUGGUCAAGCCCCAGUCUGGCUCCCACUACCAGCCAAUGAAUGGCAGCCAGGCCAUGGUCUACGACGGCCAGAUGAACCAGGGCCCUGGCAUGGGCUCCUCCCAGCUCAUGGACUCCCAGCUCAUCCAGGUGACCAUGCCCUUGCCAGGCUCUCAGCUGCGUUAUGGCUCUGCCCAGCAGCACCUCAUCCUGCCCCAGUCCAUCCAGCUCCAACAGGGCCAGAACCUCUCCGUGGGAGCUGCCCGCAGAAUGCUCCCCCCUGGCUCCCAGCCCCCAGUCAUGACCGGCAGCAGAGAGAAUUUCCCAAUCUCUACUGGUCCGUAUACUACUUACAAGACCUCCCAGAUGGAAAUGAAAGGUUUCCAGUUCUCUGACAAGCCCAAUCACUCCCAGGGCAUGCCUGGAGGAUACAACAGACCAGGGUCUGCCAGCCCCAGUGGGAAGCCGUCUGGCCCCGUGCCUGGACAUUACACCCAGCAGAAGACGACCUCCAUGCAGGCUGUUCAGCAACGAGGCUGGGCCUGCAGUGGCCCUGGCCUGACCUGUAGUUGCUGCUACAGAGACCCGGCCACCGGCUGGUUUGAGGCCCCGCUGUGCCCCCUCCACGGCAAGGUCCCUCCUCCUCAGGGCAGCAUGGUUAUGCACAUGCGUCCCCCCACCACCGGCCCCUUCCCCACCCCCAUCCAGAGACCUGUCAUGCAGGUCAACAAGACCGUCAUCAUCCGCUCCCCCCCUUAUCCCAACCCCGGGCGCGAGCCCCUCCACUCCACCCCCCCCUUGGCCCCCGAGCCCUCUGUCAAGGGGCCGGAGGAUGGCAUGAAGUUGAGCCACCCACUGUAAAUACAGCAUGCUAGCCUGUCCAUAGGCGCCAGCUGGUGAGUGAGGGGAAGGCACUGUUGGGGGGCCUGAUGACCAGCAACCUCCAGGAGCCCCUUCCCGGCUGGCAGGGCAAACCAGCACCAUGCACCAGAACCAUCAAAGUGGAAGAGGGCAAGGCAUAGCAACGGACCUUAAACCUCCUUUUAACCUUCACAAAGCCUGCUUCUGGAAGACGCAAACCCCUGCCUCCUCCCUCGGCCCACCUCUCAGCCUUCUCUCACGAAACCCCAGGUCGGGCGCCAGACUGAAGGGCAGACAUACUGUAUCAACUCCCAGAACCUGACACCAACUUUCAGAACCGGACAUUAUUAUUAUUGUUAAACACCACAUAUAGAGAUAUAUAAAUAUAUAUAAAUAUAUACAUAGACAAUAGUUUGGGACACUCUUCUAAGCAGACUCUUCAAGGUCCUCUUUAUUUAUUAAUGUUAAUGUCCAUUUUGAGAGAAGAAUAAUGGUAACAAAAAAGAGAAUAGAAAUUCACGUUUUCUGUGUUGCUCGCCAUCAGAGUCCGAAAAAGGAAACGACCAGCUCCUGCAGAUAGUUCACUGUCGUAAUUCACCCCUUUUUUGCCAAACUGUACUUAACUUUUUGGUCUGUAGUCUUGUAGAUGAGGCAGACACUUGACAUGUCACCACAAGAAAGAAAAUCUAUAAGUGUUUAAAAAAUGAAUUGCAGAGCGGCACCUUUUUGUCCCCCCCAACUCUUUGUCAUUUUUCGCUGAUAACUGUGGAGUUUUAAUAAAAUUUUAGUCGUCAUCGCCUAUUUGCUCUAUUCAAGGACUCCUUUUAUUCAAUAAAAAUCCUUCAACCCCAGAUUUGAGGACAUUGUGUGUAGACGUGGAAAGGCAUGACCUGGGGUGUCACCCUCCCAGGGUACUUCACACAGCUCGUGAACUGUGACGAAACUGCUUAGAUUGUUAGAAAAUGUUUCCGUUAUUUUUAAAAGGCAGUUUUUUUGCUUUUAUGUUGCUCUCUCGCCUUUAUGUAUUUCCUAUUUUAGAGAACUCAUGUUGCCUCAUUUGAAGCUUCCCUGGCUUUGAUGCAGUGUAUACGGCAGGGUAGCCUAGUGGUUAGAGCGUUGGGCUAGUAACCGAAAGGUUGCAAGUUCAAAUCCCCGAGCUGACAAGGUACAAAUCUGUCGUUCUGCCCCUGAACAAGGCAGUUAACCCACUGUUCCUAGGCCGUCAUUGAAAAUAAGAGUUUGUUCUUAACUGACUUGCCUAGUUAAAUAAAAAAAAAUAAAAAAAGGUUAAAUGUAAGUCGCUCUGGAUAAGAGCGUCUGCUAAAUGACUUAAAUGUAAAUGUAAAUGUACAUGUGAUGUGCUGAACAUGGGUUAACCGCAGGGCCUGAUCCAGGAUUACGUCACAACAUUUCAAAAGGCUCUGAAGUCAGUGGACAUGUGACGCUGCAGUGUGUGUGGUUUUAAUCAACCAAGCUGGCAAAAAAUGUGGAGUUAUCCUUUAGUAUUGGGGAGUGAGGGUGGGCUUCAUUGACUUACUGUACGAUCCCAAUAGCUGAUUCAAAUUCUUUCUAUCGCUAUCCUUUUAGUUGUAAUGAGUUAAUCUGAAUCACAUCUGAUACAUGUCAAGUUAUUUUAUAUCCCUCUCCUGGAGUGUUUUUGCUUUUUCUCCUAGAGCUAUUAUAAAUACGACUUGAUGGAGGUUAGUGAAGAAAUUAGUAGGCAUACCUCCCUAAUGAACGUUCAGCACCAUGUAAGGUCUCCGGUUAAUAAACGCAGCCUAACUAGAACUCUCAAUCAGGGUCCAAAUAUCUAUUUCUAUGUUACGAUUUGAUGAUAACGGAGGGUGAUUAGAUGCUAGAUUAAUUAAUGUACUAUCUUCGUGUAACAUUUUUUUGUGAACGUUGCAGUUGCUUUGGGGUCUCGGAAGGAAUAUUAAAGCAUUUAUUUUUUGUUAGAAAAAUGUGAUCUGUUUGCUUUUUUUUUUUUGUCACAUUUUGAAAGUCAUAUUUACUAUUCCAAUGUCAUAACGGUUUAGAGAUGUUACUGCUUAUUAUAAUGCUCCAUGACACUACAAAAUGUUCACUCAUCUUUGUCACUGAUGUCUGUACAUUAUGCAUACCUGUUCAUUAUAUUCUGAGUUGUGGUCAGUCGGGGAGGGUGGGAGUCAAACAUGUUUGAUUUAUAUAUUGUAUCACUAAUAAAAUGAUAAAUGUUUAAAAGGUCACUUAUGUUCUCACAGGGUGGACUACUUUAACUUUUGGAUUGGCUUAUUGGACGUUAUGGCUUUCCUGCUUUUUGAAGUGACAGGACCCUGUCAGUUUUUGGAUAGAAAAGGUGGACACUGAAACCUCUUAUACACACCUGAGAAACUGCAUUUGGUUUCCGCGCUCGACUUCUAAUACUGUACCUACACCAAGAUAUCGCCAUGACGCUUAUUUUUAUUUUUUUACUUUUAAGAGUCAUAUUUGUUUUGUCAGAGGACCCGUACACUCUGGAACUGAUCCAACAGUCUAUCCUUCCUGAUAUGUGAUCAUAUUCGCCCUUUCCUUGUUAAGAGCUUGAUUGAAAUAAAGCCGUUGUGCUUUUUCAAAA